AUGACAAUAGCAGGUGAGGACUCGAGGCCUCUGCUGCCUACGGACGAAUAUCAGAUCAAUUCGCAGUUUGCGAAGACCCACAGGUUGACACAGAGGGAUUCGUUGAAUUCAGCGGUCCGAAGUUCUUCCAAUAGGAAUAUAGCUAAUCUAGACUUGAUCAGGAAGAGUAGAACGCCGUUGCAAAAGGCUUUGACUGAUACAGAUAAUUUUAUUCAAAUGCAUAGUAAGGGACCGCACGAUGUCCGAGACGAUGAGGAAGAAUCAAGUGCUUUGGAGAAAUUGAAGAGUGAUCAGGACAGUAGUUACUCGUUGGAAAGUAGUUCAAGUGAACAGGAUGAUGAUUAUUUCAGUCAACAUCAUGAGAUGGAGUUGCAUCCUCAGUUGAGGAAGCAGAGAGAGGAGUGGGCAGAGAGAGGUGCUGCAAAAAUUGUACGUCAAGUGACAAAUCCAGAUACAGGGAAGACUACGAGGCAAGUUGUAAAGAAAGGUAUAAAGGAUUUUAAGUUCGGGGAGACCCUGGGUGACGGUUCUUAUUCCACGGUGAUGUUAGCGACCUCGAAGGAAAGCGGUAAGAAAUAUGCGGUUAAAGUACUGAGCAAAGAGUAUUUGAUACGUCAAAAGAAGGUCAAGUAUGUCAACAUCGAGAAGAACGCCUUGCAACGGUUGAACAACUCUAGAGGAAUAGUGAAGCUGUAUUUUACCUUCCAGGAUGAGUCUAGCCUUUACUUCUUACUGGAAUAUGCACCAAAUGGCGAUUUCUUGUCUAUCAUGAAAAAAUACGGCUCUUUGAAUGAGGACUGUGCUUGCUACUAUUCGGCUCAAAUUAUAGACGCUAUUGACUUCUUGCAUUCCAAAGGGAUAGUGCAUAGAGAUAUCAAGCCGGAAAACAUCCUGUUGGAUAAGGACUUUAAGGUAAAGUUGACCGAUUUUGGUACUGCCAAGAUACUUGAACCAAAGCCAAAUACGACCGAUUCAUACGAUCUAUUAUCCAGAUCGAAGUCAUUUGUCGGAACCGCGGAAUACGUCUCACCAGAACUUUUGAAUGAUAAUUAUGUUGAUUAUCGAUGUGAUAUUUGGGCAUUUGGUUGCAUAUUGUUCCAAAUGAUCGCGGGUAAACCGCCUUUCAAAGCGACUAACGAAUAUUUGACGUUUCAAAAAGUUAUGAAAGUUCAAUACGCAUUCACCGCAGGGUUUCCCUUAGUUGUUAGAGAUCUGGUGAAGGGAAUUCUCAUAAAACAACCAGCGCAGAGAUUAACUAUCCCACAAAUCAAAAGCCACCAUUUUUUCAAAGACAAGAAUUUCAAAGAUGGAUCUAUCUGGGAUGAGCCUGCACCUGAGAUUCAACCAUACAAAGUUAGUGCAAGGUCUAUGCAGCCCAUUCCUGCUUUAAGCUGUGGUAGUGUACCACAAAGGCGCCCGGUAAUCUCUAAAUUUUACGCAAAGUCAACCAGCAAUCUAUCGACUGAGCCUGGUGGGAAUGGAUCAUCUUCCAGUAAAUUAGGGAAACUACCUCCAACCUCAUCGUCUAACCCAUCACAGAAGAAGGUUUUGGACGAAAGAACUGCACAGAUACUGGAUAAUGCAAGAAAAGCUGUUGGUAAUAGAAAGAAUUCCAGUCAGAACAAAAGGACCACCAGUGGAGCGGCUUCGGCGGCCUCGGCAGCUUUAACAAAGAGAAGCUUAGAUCCGCCGUCAUCACAGGGUACAACAGCAGCACCACCGAGCGCCAAUCAAUAUGGGACUGCUAAAUCAUCGGGGACCUACAAGAGCACUACUUCUGUACAGACAUCCCAUAGUAAAAGUGGUGACAGUACUAACCAACCAUCAGAUAGCUCACCUGUCUUAUCGUCUACAUCUGGAAGGCCUGUCAGUUCAAGGAGGAAAGUGCCGACCGAGAGUCAUUCAUCUGGUACGAUGAGCAAGACGGAUAUUAUAUGGUCUUAUUACUUAAAGAACAUUGAAGAGCGUGUUUUAGGCGUUGGUGAGAUCAACUUGGCCAUCUCUAGUAAUGAUUCGCUCGAAAAGCGUGUAAGUAAAGUCCAUGGAUGCUCUAUCAUUGAGCCGGAAGUCUUCAAUACAUCUCGUGCAACCCGUCUAUCGCAGGUCGCUAGAGCGGGUGGAGAAGUGACAGGUUUUCGAAAUGACAAUCGUGGAGAAGUGGCUCCUGAAAAGGCAUUUUACGAAGAAAUAUCGUUUGACCAUGAGAACGUUUCCAAGGAUUAUAGACAAUCUGGAGGCGAUUUGCCAAUGACGAUGGCAGGUGAUAAAGUAACAUCAAAUAACACUUCUGCAGAUCCAAAUAAUGCAGAGGAUGCCGGGAACUUGGCCAUCACUGGUAAGUUUAAAAAGUUGUUUCACCACAAUGGUAACAAGCAAGAGACUCUGACUGAACCUAUUCCAAGGACAAACUAUUAUAAAAGAAUGCUGUUGGUGACUAACCAAGGUAGAUGUUUGAUUUUAGUCAAAAAAGCAAAAAGUUCUUCGGGAGCUGCUUUAAGCUACCAGCCAGCAUUUGAUAUUCAUCUAUACCAUCCCGAAGUCAAAUUAAAGGAGAUCACUGUAUCUUCCGCAAACUCUGACUUCAAGAUCCUUUUGAUUCAGACUCCUUAUAACUCUUUCAUUUGUAAGACUAAUAAGAGCAGUGCUGAGAGUUGGUUCCGAACAAUAAGCAUGGCCAUCAGGGUUGGUCAUGAUAACAGCUCAUCAAGGCUAAAGAAGGACGAAGAUACAAAAAAUGAAGCUCUCAUAGCAGCAACUUUAGCAAGCCCUGCAUUGAGCUAUGAUUCGCUUUCUUCCGAUGGGAGUCGAUCGAUCCCUACUGCGAUUUCGUCCAAGGCACCAAAGACGCCUAUUUUAGCAUCAAGUUUAUCUGACAGCAAGCCCGGCGCGAGUUCUGGAAGUACUGUUACUGCGUCCAAGACAGGCCGUCUUUUUGAAAACUUUAUAAGUUCCAAAGAAAAGACGCCGAAAAGGCAUGCCAGUCCAGUACCUUUACCCACCAAACUUGUCAAUGGGCUGCCUGCGGGUCCUGCAAGUCCUGUGGGGUUAGGCUUAUCAGACUAUCACGACAUACUGCAUUCUCCCACAUCACCAAAGGAGACAAAGAAAAGUGUAGCCGGUGGAAAGUUCAAGCUGCUAGCAAGAAGCGAACAGUCCUUCAGGCCCACUAAGUAG